AUGUCAAGGGACUCUCUGUUAGUCGGCUCCUUUGUGGUAGCAGAUUAUGUGGUGUUUGCUGCCAUGCUCAUGGUGUCUGCUGCCGUGGGGAUCUAUUACGCCUGGACUGACAGGAGACUGAGAAGCUCUGGGGAAUUCCUGACGGGGGGCCGGAGAAUGACGGCCCUGCCUGUAUCCCUGUCCCUGACCGCCAGCUUCAUGUCAGCCAUCACGGUGCUGUCUAACCCAGCAGAGGUAUACCGCUACGGAGCCAUCAUUGUAUUUUAUGCCAUCGCCUAUUUAAUGACGAUGCUGGUGACCUCGGAGGUCUUUCUCCCAGUUUUCUACAAGCUGGCCAUCACCAGCACAUAUGAGUACCUGGAGCUGCGUUUCAACAGAGCGACCCGUCUGCUGGGAACCGCAUUCUUCAUUGUUCAGACAAUCCUCUACACUGGAAUCGUCAUCUAUGCUCCAGCGCUGGCUCUAAACCAAGUGACGGGCAUGGAUCUGUGGGGGGCCAUCAUUUCCACAGGAGUGGUCUGUACCUUUUACUGCACAAUGGGCGGUCUGAAGGCGGUGGUGUGGACAGAUGUGAUUCAGCUUGGUGUCAUGGUUGCAGGUUUCCUGGCUGUCAUUGUCCGCGCUGUGGUCGUACAAGGCGGAUUCAGCGCCAUCAUUUCAGACUCACAAGAUGGAGGAAGACUCAACUAUUGGGACUUUGAUGCAAACCCUCUGAGGAGGAACACUUUCUGGACUUUAACAAUUGGAGGGACUUUUAUUUGGACCAGCAUCUAUGGGAUCAACCAGGCGCAGGUUCAGAGAUACAUCUCCUGCAAGAGCAUCACUCACGCCAGACUCUCCUUGUACAUCAACUUGUUGGGUCUGUGGUUCAUCUUGGUGUGUUCAGUGUUCGCGGGAAUGUGCCUCUACUCAGUCUACAAAACCUGCGACCCAUGGACCACUGGAUUUAUCUCUGCUCCUGACCAGCUGAUGCCGUAUCUGGUGAUGGACAUCUUGAGAGACUAUCCUGGCCUUCCUGGACUGUUUGUUGCAGCAGCAUAUAGUGGAUCCUUAAGCACAGUGUCUUCCAGCAUCAACGCUCUGGCUGCAGUGACGGUGGAAGACCUCAUUAGACCACAUACCAACUUAUCAGAGAAACAGCUGUCCUGGAUCUCGAAAGCAAUGAGUUUUUUAUAUGGAGUUUUAUGCAUUGGCAUGGCUGGAGUGGCUUCAUUCAUGGGGGGCAUCUUGCAGGCAGCCAUCAGCAUUUUUGGGGUCAUAGGCGGUCCUUUACUCGGCUUGUUCACAUUGGGAAUCCUGUGUCCAUUUGCCAACUCUAAAGGAGGGUUGUCAGGUCUGUUGUCGGGUCUGGUUGUGUCACUGUGGGUGAGCAUCGGAUCCCAUAUUUACCCCCCUCCCCCUGAGAUGACCCGGCCUCUGCCGCUGAGCACUGACGGCUGUAACUUCACAACAACGAGCGGCUUCAACUGGAGCUCCACUGCUCUCCCAACACAGCAGAGCUCCCCCACGACAGCCCCGGACCACAUCUGGGGGCAGUAAGUACCCGUACUGGAGGACUGGUACUCUCUGUCCUACCUUUACUUCAGUCCACUUGGAACUGUGACAGCUAUUAUCGUGGGGCUGAUAGUCAGCGUAUUAACAGGAGGUUGUAAGCUGAAAGUGGAUCCGAAGCUUAUGUUAAUGAAAGAAGACACAACUUUUUAUCACUUAAUCAAGUCAUUCAAAGGCAGAGUCAAGAGACGGAGUUGGACCCUUGAGAUGAAGAAUAAAGAGAGAAAGUUUGGCAACACCAAUCCUGCUUUCAACGAUGCCUAAAUGGACUUCACUAAAAUCAUUGAGAACUGUUACCUUAAAGUGGCACAGAAACAUGUGUGA